UACACAACUCGGUCGCAGAGGACUUCUACAUCCUUCACGAGAACUCACGAGAGCAUAUCGAGGAUAAAAGGAGCCCAUGGAAAUCACAAACACAAACCAAACUCUUCGACCACGUUCUCUGUCGUUAGCGAAAGACUGUCCGGUGAGUACGCGCGGCGUUCGUUCCCAGUCCACUUUUCGUGAAAUUUUACGGGCAGUUCCUUUCGGCAACACACAAAGAAACACUCUGCGUUCUUUGGAAACAGGACGAAAGAGAGAAACACGUUCUCUGUACACACCAGGCUCAAGGCCUUGGUCACCGGCGACGUCGAUGCAUUCUCAGCUAGUUGCGGAGACUUUUUGAGGCUCAACUUCUGGAUCUGGGAGAGGUGCUUGCCGUCUCGAAUCGACGAGGUUGACUUUUAAUCCUCUAGCGGCUGCAAAAAUCAACGUUUCUCAUGGCAAGGGCGUUAGCGCUGUGCCUGACCCUCCUUUUUUCCCUUCAGCUGCGUGGCUCCAGACAAUGCGCAGCUUUUGAAGAGAGCUUGGCGGCGACCACAAAGAGUUCCGGCUUACAUGCGAGUAAUGAGUCCCAGGACAGAAGCGCAUCGAGGCGCUGAAACGCACGUCGCUACCGCUUGUUGGACAUUGGGAUAGUCCCUCGAACCCACAUUUUCUGACCCUGUCGUAUUUAAUACGUUUUCCUUGUUUCAUCCCUAAGCAUGCAGAUCAGCACAAGGAGGUUGCUGCUCUGGGUUUGCUGGCGAAAAAGUUGACUUUGGUUUCUUCCCCGUGUGCCGUUGCACAAACUCCGUUUCCAGCUGGUCGCUCGGUCCCGACUUCGAUUCAUCCCGAGACGGUGUACAGAGCGAGGCUCCUGAUCUCAGCCAGUGAACAGCACACAGCACGGAUGCACGGAAAGGGCAGCGUGUUGUGCUGGUUCUUUAUCAUAACAGCAAGUUUCACGGGCUUUGAUAGCACAUCAGAACUUUAGAGAGCCGAGAAGAAGGCACAAGUAUCCUCUUCUUCGGUCUUUCGGUCCCGUCGUCUCCGUUGAAACCGAGACAAGAAGACUGGACUCGUAGGACGGCCUCGCCGAUAUUCUGUCGAUUCUAGUGACUUCCACGUCCCUCCUGCGUUUUCUCCCUCGCUGACUUUCUUGUUUGAUUGUCCCCCGUAGACGCUGUUUAGCCCUGUUUUUUUGGCGCGGUUAAAAGUUCUUGGGUUGCGGCCGUCCCGACAUAAGGCCGCCCGGCAUCUGUGCGUGACCUUGACAUGCCGAGGCUCCCAUUUAUUGCUUGCCUAACCGUUUUUCACAUUGUUUUUCGGUAAAAAUGAAGGUACUUUUCUUCCUUGGCCUCCUCGCUGGCGGCCUUCUCUGCUCAGCCGACACACCCUCUCUCGACUCAGAUCCUUCCGCGUCUCCCCUUCGUGCUGUCCUUCACCUGCGAGGCCCGUCUCCGGUGCCUGCGCAAGUCGAACCGCAUGAGGCAGACGGCAGCUACCUGGAGGCCACCACCGGCAACGAACAUGAGAACACCUUGUCGGACGAAAGCGAACAGGAGGAAGCCGACAUCGAGGAGGAGCGCGCUGCCGUCUCUGCUUUGCAGAUGACUCAGAAAGAAGCGCCGAACACUGGCGCGACCGGCGUGGCUGGACCUGAGCAAUGCUCUUGCGAAUUUGCGGGUAGCUGCCUGCCGAAGGGAUCCUGUCUUGGGAUCGCGUUCACCCUCGUUGCGGCCACCCUCUUCUUCGUCAUUUUCCUCGCCUGGCUUCUUCAGUGGAUCAUCGCCAUUCCUUCAGAGUGGAUUCUCGCAAAGCGUCUCUCAAAGCGUGACACAUCCACGAAGAACAGUCCCCGUGAGGAAGACGAUGGACGCCAAGCCUUGCUGCAGGAGAACGACUCUCUGGAUGGACGACAGGAUGAGGCGAAGGCCACUACUGAAGGGACUGCUAUUUCGCGAGAGGAAGAAGAGGAAAGAGAGAGAACAAUCAGGGUGGGUCCGUCGGGCCUCCCGCCUCCGUCUCCGAAAGAGAGCGGCAGGCUGUGAAAAGGAUGCGCGCGUCAAGCGAUGGGUGACAGUCUAGCGGACGAGAUGGAGGUGAUUUGUGAUAAAAAAGGAUUUGAAGAAUACAAAUCCGCGUAUGGAGCAGCGUGACGUUCCGCAGUGACACGUGGAGGUGCAAGACGUCCACAAAAGUGUACGUGGAACAUGUUGUUCACAUCUAAAUGAAGCAAGGAAAGCCAGACGGGUAUGGAGUUAUGGUGGAGGGGGGAAACGAACUGGGGGAAUUUGGUAUGCGAAGGGAGAAAGCAAGUGAGAAUAACGAAGUGUGUAGUCCCCCGUUUCUUCUCUAUCGGAAGAGAGAGGCUCCACAAAAAGCGAGUUCUGGUGGAGGUGCUGCUGAAUAGCGAAAUUGUUUCCAAUAGGGCAAGGGGUGAGGGAUAUGGAAACACGCUUUUCAGGAGACUUGCACUGCGCAGAAAGAUGAGAGGGAAAGCCUACGCAGUCAGAUCUCUGCAGUUUUCCUGCGCUUUGUUGCCCUUGCGGAUCUCGGACAGUGUCUUUCCCGACGGAGAUCCAUCCAGACACUGUUCACGUGUCCUACGCCAGUGCAGUUUUCGAGUGAAGCGUGACGUGUCUUUGUUUUGCGGGUUUGUUUUUCGGUGAAAGUUACGAGUCGUUUGCUUCACUUCCCGUUUCUCUGUUCACUGCUGUAACUGCCAUGGUCAGGCCGAUGCAGAGAAUGUCCUCAUGCAUCGAGACAAUUCUUCCCCUUGUUGUGUUACGGACACUCGAGCGUCGCGCUUUCUAGCCGUCGACACAGACAUAGAAACUGGCAACAAUGAACAGAGUUUCAGCCUUGUUCAAACAGAA